GAAUUUUUGUAUAGCGCGCUACUAUUGAGGGAUCUUUAUCUUCUCAAGGCCUUUCCGCGUACUCGAUUAUAGAGUCCUUCUUAUGACUCUCAGUGGGCCUUCAUUCAAAACCAAAGAUGAAGCUAAAGACUUCUUGAAGUGUUUGUUCGAUCAAGAACUUACUGUCCACGUAUCAGAUGGUCGAAGAUAUAUUGGAAGCUUUUGGUGCACAGAUAAUGUUGGAAAUAUUGUAAUGGGUUCGUGUACAGAGUAUCCGGCACCUGAUUCAGCAUCCGACAAUUCGCUAAGAGAUUUAACCACUGUUGUUAUCCCUGGACAGCACAUAAUAAAAAUUGAAUGUGAUAGUCGUUUGCUAACAAAUUGAUUUUUUUAAUAUAAAACUUUUAACUCAUUUACUCCCCUUCUGUUCUGCUGUCCUGUUAAUUUUUAUUUUUCAUAUAGUGAUUUUUAUUUUAGUUCUCUUAUUAGUGUUUAAAGGUGAAUGAUACAAAGUUAGUAAAUAAAGCAUCAUUAGAUACGUUGAAUCUAUGUACUUACCAAAGAGGGAAAGAAGGAUGAUUAAAAAAAUAAUUUGUGUUGUUUCUGCAUAUUGGUUUAUUUCCAUUUCCUUGGUAUUUAUAAACAAAUGGUUAUUGAGUGAUAAGUCUGUAUCGCUAAAUGCACCGAUAUUUAUAACUUGGUUUCAAUGUGCAGUUACAGCAUUUCUAUGUUAUUUAACAUCGUAUCUAGCUAUGCUGUUACCUAGUCAUGUGAAGUUUCCACAGUUGAACUUUUCUUUUAAAACGUCUAUUGAAAUCUUGCCACUGUCUAUAAUAUUUGUUUCAAUGGUCUGCUUUAACAACCUAUGCCUGAAGUACUUGAGUGUUUCGUUUUAUUUUUUAGCACGAUCACUAACUACAAUCUUCAACGUUAUAUUUACUUAUUUACUGCUAAAUACGAAAACUUCAACAAAGGCAUUGAUUUGUUGUGCUGCCAUAAUUGUUGGAUAUUGUGCUGGAGUAAUUGUUGAGGGUAAUUUAGGUUCUUUAAGUUGGAUUGGAUUAGUGUUUGGUAUUGCAUCUAGCAUUACUUGUGCAUUAAAUUCUAUCUACACAGCAAAGUGUUUACCAAAAGUGGAAGGCAGUGUAUGGAGACUUACAUUUUACAAUAAUCUUAAUUCACUUUUUUUAUCAAUCCCUAUUAUUGGCUUAUUGGAAUAUCAACCAAUUAAGGAACAUUUUUUUCAUACUAGUGCUUAUUUCUGGUUUAUUAUGGUAAUUAGUGGAAUAUUUGGAUUUGCUAUUGGUUACAUCAGUACACUACAAAUUCAAGUGACCAGUCCAUUAACUCAUAAUGUUUCUGGUACUGCUAAGGCAGCUGCACAGACAGUACUAGCUGUGAUAAUUUAUCACGAAAUCAAAUCAAUUUCAUGGUGGCUUAGUAAUAUUGUUGUUUUAGGCGGAUCAGCAGUUUAUGCAGCUGUUCGACAUAUAGAACAUGAACAAAAAUCUAAAGGAUCAAUGAAUUUUAAUCGAAAUGAUAAUUAUUUUACUAGUGUGGUUGUUGUUGGUAGUGAUGAUAAAGAUGUUGAUGAUGCCAAACAUGGUCUUCUCAAUUUUGUGAAUAAUGACAAUCGUAAUGAUGAUGAUUUAUAUGAUAAGAACCGUGUAUUAUCUUCAUCUAAAGAUUCAUUAGUUUCAUAAUUUCUUGGUAUUCUCUUGUAUUUUGUCUUUUUUUUGUAAAGGGAUUACAUUUUUUUGCUCUCUAUGGGUUGCUUAAUAACUUGAUUUCACUGUGAUAUGAAAUAAAUGUUUAGAUUCAGUAGAAGAAUUGAAGAUUUUCUGUCUUAACUUUUUCUCCGUAUAAUGGGUUUACUUUCGGAAUCAUAUGAAAUAAUCAGUUGUUGGGAAAAAGAAUACCUACUGGUUGCUACUACUGUAUAUAAUCUACACUAUCUAUUCCAAUAUGACACAGAACCUAAGACCUGUAUGUCAUGUGGCUAGCGCACUAUCAUUUAAUCGCUAAUCGGGCUUAUAUACUUCACUUUUCCAAACUUAGUCUUGUGAUUGAUCACAUCUAUUAUCUGGUGUCAGUAAUGGACAUCAGUUCCCAAAUAAUGACAUAAGGAAUUUAUACUGCUCAGUGGCUUCCGAUGAUCGUCGUUCAAUUGAAAAUAUUUUUCUUCAGACUGUAAAAACUCAG